CCGGCAGCCCUCCGAGGCCGCGCUGGGCAUGCUCAGUCGGCAGGGCCGCCUCAGCUCUCGGAGUAGGAAGCUCGGGCGCUCGGGCUGUGAGGAGCCGCGGCGGGGGUAAAAUGGAGCCCUUCACCAAUGAUGGAGUCUCACUCUGUCGCCCCGGCUGGAGUGCAAUGACCUGAUCUUGGCUCACCACAACCUCUGCCUCCUGGGUUCAAGUGAUUCUCUUGCCCCAGCCUCCCGAGUAGCUGGGAUUACAGAUCGGCUUCAGCUCCCCAGGAAUAUGAUUGAAAACAGCAUGUUUGAGGAAGAACCAGAUGUGGUAGAUUUAGCCAAAGAGCCUUGUUUACAUCCUCUAGAGCCUGAUGAGGUGGAAUAUGAGCCCCGGGGUUCCCGACUCCUGGUGCGGGGUCUUGGUGAGCAUGAGAUGGACGAGGAUGAAGAAGACUAUGAGUCAUCAGCAAAGCUGCUGGGCAUGUCCUUCAUGAAUAGAAGCUCAGGCCUUCGGAACAGUGCAACUGGUUACAGGCAGAGCCCAGAUGGGGCUUGUUCAGUACCCUCUGCAAGGACCAUGGUGGUCUGUGCUUUCGUCAUUGUGGUUGCUGUUUCUGUAAUCAUGGUGAUUUACUUACUACCCAGAUGUACCUUUACCAAAGAAGGCUGCCAUGAAAAAAACCAAUCAACUGAACUAAUUCAGCCACUUGCAGCAAAUGGGAAAUCGUUUCCAUGGAAGCAGAUGAGGCUUCCCACUGCCAUUGUGCCACUACGCUAUGAACUCAACCUACACCCGAACCUAACCUCAAUGACAUUCAGGGCUUCUGUGACAAUUUCAGUUCAGGCUCUUCAGGCUACAUGGAAUGUCAUUCUUCAUAGCAAAGGUCAUAAUAUUUCAAGAGUGACCUUUAUGUCGGCAGUUUCAAGCCAAGAAAAACAAGUUGAGAUCCUGGAAUAUCCAUAUCAUGACCAGAUCGCCAUUGUUGCCCCUGAAGCCCUUCUAGCAGGGUGCAAUUAUACGUUGAAGAUAGAGUAUUCCGCAAAGAUGUCCAGUUCUUACUAUGGGUUUUAUGGCUUCUCCUACACAGAUGAAAGUAAUGAGACAAGGUACUUUGCAGCAACUCAGUUUGAACCCCUGGCAGCAAGAUCUGCUUUUCCUUGUUUUGAUGAACCAGCAUUUAAAGCCACUUUUAUCAUCAGGAUCAUAAGGGAUGAGCAAUACACUGCUUUAUCAAAUAUGCCUAAGAAGUCAUCAGUCCUUCUGGAAGAUGGACUUGUUCAGGAUGAGUUUUCUGAGAGUGUUAAGAUGAGCACUUACCUGGUUGCUUUCAUCGUGGGAGAGAUGAAGAACCUGAGUCAGGACGUAAAUGGAACCCUGGUUUCUGUAUAUGCUGUACCAGAAAAGGUUGGUCAAGCUCACCAUGCCUUGGAAACAACUGUGAAGCUUCUUGAGUUUUUUCAAAACUACUUUGAAAUUCAGUACCCACUUAAGAAAUUGGAUUUGGUGGCUAUUCCUGACUACCAAGCAGUAGCAAUGGAAAAUUGGGGUUUGCUCACCUUCCAAGAGGAGACGCUUCUGUAUGACAGUAACACUUCUUCAGUGGCGGAUAGAAAACUGAUGUCUAAAAUCAUUGCUCAUGAGCUGGCCCACCAGUGGUUUGGCAAUCUGGUGACAAUGCAGUGGUGGAAUGAUCUAUGGGUAAAUGAAGGUUUUGCCACUUUCAUGGAGUAUUUCUCUUUGGAAAAAAUAUUCAAAGAGCUUUCUAUUUACGAAGAUUUCUUAGAUGCUCGAUUUAAAAUCAUGAAGAGAGAUUCCUUAAGUUCAUCUCAUCCAAUAUCAUCAUCUGUUCAGUCUUCAGAACAAAUUGGAGCAAUGUUUGAUUCUCUUUCCUAUUUGAAGGGAGCUUCUCUCUUGUUGAUGCUGAAAACUUUCCUUAGUGAAGAUGUGUUUCAACAUGCUGUCAUUCUUUACCUGCAUAAGCACAGCUAUGCAUCAAUUCAAAGUGAUCAUCUGUGGAAUAGUUUUAAUGAGGUCACAAACCAAACACUAGAUGUAAAGAGAAUGAUGGAAACCUGGUCCCUGCAGAAAGGAUUUCCUUUAGUGACUGUUCAAAGGAAAGGAAAAGAACUUUUUAUACAACAAGAGAGAUUCUUUUCAAAUAUGGAGCCUGGAAUUGAGCCUUCAGAUGCAAGCCACCUGUGGCAUAUUCCACUAUCCUAUGUCACUUACGGAGGAAAUUAUUCAAAAUAUCAAUCGGUGUCAUUACUGGAUAAGAAAUCAGGUGUCAUCAAUCUUACAGAAGAAGUGGAAUGGGUCAAAGUCAAUAUAAACAUGAAUGGUUAUUAUAUUGUACACUAUGCAGAUGAUGAUUGGGAAGCACUAAUCAAACAAUUGAAAAGAAAUCCUCAUGUUCUGAGUGACAAAGACCGAGCCAACCUUAUCAACAACAUCUUUGAACUUGCAGGCCUAGGCAAGGUGCCACUCCAAAGGGCCUUUGAUUUGAUUGAUUAUCUUGGAAAUGAGACUCAUACUGCACCCAUAACUCAAGCCCUGUUUCAGACAGGCCUCAUCUAUGACCUCCUUGAAAAAGUGGGAUCCACGGAGCAGGCCUUGAGACUGAUAGGCAGAGUAUCUAAAUUACUUCAAAACCAAAUUCAACAACAAACUUGGACUGAUGAGGGCACUCCAUCUAUGCGAGAGCUUCGGUCAGUCCUGCUAGAGUUUGCUUGCACCUACAAACAGGAGAAUUGCCGCACUACUGCCAUGAAACUGUUUGAUGACUGGAUGGCAUCCAAUGGAACUCAAAGGUUACCUACUGAUGUCAUGACAACUGUGUUCAAGGUUGGAGCAAAAACUGAGAAAGGCUGGUCAUUCCUUUGGGAAAAGUACAAUUCUUCAGGCUCUGAAACAGAGAAGAACAAAAUACUACAGGCACUUGCCAGCUCAGAGAAUGUGCACAGACUUUACUGGUUAAUGAAAACUAGCCUUGAUGGGAAUAUCAUCCAAACACAGAAGCUGUCUUUUAUCAUUAAAACAGUGAGUCGACGUUUUCCUGGAUACUUACUAGCAUGGGAUUUUGUCAAAGAGAACUGGAAUAAGCUUGUACAGAAGCUCCAUCUGGGGUCCUAUGCCAUACGAAAUAUUGUUGCUGGAUCAACUUACCUGUUUUCAACAAAGGCACAUUUAUCUGAGGUUCAGGCAUUCUUUGAAAAUCAGUCAGAGGCAACCUUCCGGCUUCGUUGGGUCCAGGAGGCUUUGGAAGUCAUUCAGUUGAAUAUCCAGUGGAUGGAGAAGAACCUCAAAAGUCUCAACUGGCUGUAGCAUGCACAACCACACCUCAUUUUGUUGCCCAUUCAGAGAGCUUGUAAGCUUGGGCUCUGCUGCUUUUGCAAAAGCCAAGGUAAAGCCAGGAUCGCUGCCAAGUUGUUUGCACUCUUAGGAGUUCUAGUUAGCUCAGGGCCUGACUAUUUUUCAUCCGUCUUUUCUGAAAUGUCUUUGGGCAGUAUGUAGUUAUUUAUUACAAAAUUAUAUUCACCUAAAUGGCAACCAUCUACAAAAACAAUGAGUAAUUUUUCUACUUUGAAGAUCUACAAAUGGGGGAAAACCUUGUUUUGGAAUUCUGUUCUAUUCCUCAGUAUCCAGAAAGUUUCCGACACAGUAAAAGAAGGAAAGUUCUACCCUAAGAGCCACCAUCACUGCAGAUUGCUGAUUUGUCAGCCAUCUGUUACUUCUUAUUGAUAGAUGGUAUUGGAAUGUGGUACAAAGUUAGCUCCGAAGAAUAUAAUAAUGAAGACAAUAAGUAUGCACUGUAAGAACUGACCUCAGGUGUGCAGAUCUACUUUGAUUUGGGGUUUUGAUGAAUUAUUUUCUGAAAAAAAGUUUAAAUAAUGCCUGCAACUAUUGUGUUUUUUCCUGCAGAAUAGCCAGGUGCUACAGAUUUUUUAAAUUGUUGUUGUAUUGAAAAGCUAAACAAGGCCAAAAGGUUAAAUUUUUUGAAUAUUUAAGACUUUCCUUUUUAUCUUUUAUAGCAUUACCAUAGGAAACUGUUCCAAACUGAGUUAGCUUUAAUUAUAAUUAUUUUAUUUAUAAAUGGUGAUAGUCCCCAAAUCUGUACACCUUUCUCACUCUCUGCAGUAGAUAUACUUUAGGAUAGUAUUUCUACAUUCAUGGCAAGCAUUUUGCUAACACCAGUGUUUUUCAUUGUGAAUUUUAUCACUAUUACUAAGAAUGCAAUUUAAGUUGCCUUUUGGCAUCAUAUAUCAUAAAACUUUCUCUCUGAAUCAUACCCAUGUGUGGAUUUUCAUUUUAUAUGAUAGUGUAGCAUAUUAGAAUCAUAUUUUAAAGUAGGACCUUUGAGAAAUUGAAAAAACAUUUAUUUGAAGUUCACCAUAGUACCUUAAAGGAACAAAGGGAAUGUGGGAUAGGAGUAACUUGAAUUCGUGUUUAGUAUGGUGGGCUUUGAAUUUUUUUCACUAUCAAAAAUAGUGCUUUUCUGUAGUUAAAAAUUAUAAUUUUUCUUUUUUUGUGUCCAAACUAACAUAAAAGUAGUGGUCAAAGAAGGAAAGAAAGAAAAAUGAGGGAGGAUGUCCAAACUUUAUGGCAUUUUACUCCUUUUGAAAGAGAAAUACUGUACUUGAAUUUUUGACCUAUGCAGACUUAUACCUAGAAUGUUUAUUUCUUCGAUUCUUAGGAGGAAAGCUUUCUUCCUAAUGAUUCUUGAGAACUUUUUAUUUUGUUUGGAAAACUGUUUCCUAUGUAUAUAAAAAGGGUAGUUACCCAUUUGUGAGUACUUAAAACACUCCACAGAGUCAGAUAGUGGGAAAGGUCACCUUUUUUAAAUUCAGCAGGUAUAAAGUUAGAAUGUAUGGAAUUGUGCAUAAAAUUAUAUUUUAUUUUAUGGAAAUAUUUUUGUAUAAUAAAAUUUAAAAGGCUAGCAAGCUAAAAUAAAAAAGUUGUCUUUAAUCCUAGUGUGUUUUCCCAAUUUACUCUUUUCUAAAAUUUCUCUGUUUAGAAUAGAAAAUAUCAUAUCCUGAGAAUCACAGAAUCAUCUAAGUAUGUCUUAUUGAACUGAGGUAAUUGCCGGUCUUAUUCUUCUUGUGCUUUGGUAAAUGAAUGAUAUUUUAGUUGAUAGUGAAAGUAAAUGUGUUUUAUAUUUUUAGAGUGAGGGAAAAAUAGUAAACUUUAGAGAGUUUUGUUGUUGUUGCUAGUUUUUUUUUACCAUGUUGUCCUACUAAAUUUCACUUUGAUACAGAAUUUAAAUUUUGUAACGUCUCAAAAUCAGUUAAGAUUCUUCAGUUUUACCUGUACAUCUUGACAUUGCUCCUUUAAUGUAUGUUAGUUAACCCUGCAUAUGGCAAAUCUUGUCUUGAAUUAUAUCAAUUCCUCUCUCUCUCUCUCUCUCUCGUGUGUGUGUGUGUGUGUGUGUGUGUGUGUGUGUGUGGUGUGGGGGGUGUUGCUAUGAGUAAAACCUUAUCAAAACUUGGUCUAACAUAAUAGAUAACUCAUGAUCCAUUGCUAUCUUUAUUACCCAAAGGCUGUUCAUUACUAUGGUACCAGAUCCAUAAUAGUUGUAGUUCUUAUUUUUUGUGGCCCUUACCUUAAUUAUUUGUAGUUUUAGUAAGUGUUGCCUCAGUUUUUCCCAUAGAAUUCCAAAAUUUUAAUGUUUAAUUAACCUAUCUAUAUAGGACUUCUGAAAACCACAUCAGGAAUGAAUGUAAGGUUAAAUAAGAGGUAGAAUUCAUAAGGUAAUAGGUAUAAUGGUAGCUUUCAAAAUUUUAUUUUCUCAAAACAUGUCUUAGCCACUGUAUUUCUGAGAACUCAGACUGAAGCACAGAAGUCACAGUAUGCUUCUUUUAUUUAAGCACACGAUUCAUGACACAGGUACAUGUUGAAUAAGUGUUCUCAUUGCAGAGAGGUCUACUUGAAUAUAAAAGGGACAUCAUACUAGAUUAUUUUUGAAACGAUAGAAUAGGAAAUCUAGAGUUGUGGAAGAAAUAUUUAUGCUUUGGAGAUCUAAAAAAUUUGAAUGUAAGAAUUGGAGGAGUCUAGUUUGUUCUGUUAACAUAAAGUGACUAGAUAUAUUAAACUGCAAGUCCUGUCAGCUUCACCAUAAGCUUGGGCCUUCUUCCAUCUUGUUUUAUUUAAGUCUCUUUAAGUGAAAUUUUGUUGUCAUUGUUUUAGCAUUCAUGAACUUGCUUACCAUCACAGGUUUUACCUUAAUUUUCUUUGCCAUAUGUUUUUCCAUUUUAUGGAACAUUAGCCACCAUAGAAACGUAAGAGUUGUCAGAAGACUCCUGGGUAUAGCGAGCAAAUCGACCUGCAUCAGUACUAUAGGGUACCAAACAGACUCCUUUCAUGUAAUCCCAGCAUUUGAGGAUUCCAAGUUGGGCAGACAAUUUGAGGCCAGGAGUUCUAGACCAGCCUGGCUAACAUGGCAAAACCCAUCUCUACUAAAAAUAUAAAAAUAGCUGAGCAUGGUGGCACACAUCUGUAAUCCCAGCUGCUCAGGAGGCAUGAGAACCACUUGAACCCAGGAGGCAGAGGUUGCAGUGAGCCAAGGUUGUGCCACUGCACUCCAACCUGGGUGACAGAGUGACUGUCUCAAAAAAAGUUCGUUAAGUGUUGAUUUUGUUGGAUUAAAGACUGCUUGUUGAGGUGGAUUUUAAAAAGAGUCUGUUCAAACCAACUGCCUGGAACCAUAAUCUGCCGUCAGAUUGCUAAACUUUCACAUAAUCCCUGUGUUUCCUAGGGCUACAGGGAAGGUAAACACAUCUCAGAUAAGCCAUCUCCAAGGAUAGCAGUUCCUGGGCUGCAAAACUAGAUCUGGAUUUUGUUACGUAGGCAUCUCUAAAAUCUGAGCUCAUGGAUAUGACGUAUCUCUUCUUUUCACCUUUGCCUUUGCUACUUUUAUAUUUGUUAGAAUUACAUUUCUUUUUAAAUUUUGAGCUUCCUUCCCCCUUCACCCCAUUUGUAUUUUUAAAAACUAAGGUAUAUGUAUUUGCUGGGUUUUGCAUUCUUUUAUUUUGUGUUCCAUUCCCUGCUUUGCCAAAUAAGUACCACAUGAAAAGUGGAGGUCCAGAAGUAUGGUAAAUCUUCUCCCUUAACCUUAUUGCCUGUGUGGCUGAUAGCUAACAGAAAAAUUCAGUUUUGUUUUUUUUUCCAGUGUUUUUUUUGGGGGAGUAUAUACUUUUAAAAUGUACAUAUAUGUUUUUGAUAGUUUUUAUAUUCUUUCAUUUUGUAUAUUUUUGUCCUGAUGAAGAGUGAUAUAUAUCAUCCUAUGAAAAUUUCAUCUACCCUUCCCAUGUUACCUAUAUGGGCAAUAGGUACAGCUACAGACUAGCUAUUUGGUUUCCUUCUUUGGAAGAAAGUGAUGAUGUUGAGAGGUGAGCAGGGUAUGUUCUUUUAAAAGUGUAUACAAAUGUUUUUGCUGCUAUUUUGUGUUACUUCAUUUUGUAUUUCAUGCAUCCAUUUUGUGGACAUGUAGAUAAAACAUGGUGAUCCGAAAGCAUGACAGAUGUCCCCUUUGCCUUUCUCCUAAUUGUUCACAUGAACAAUAACUAACAGAGCAGUCCUCGUUACUGUUAUUUUGACUAGUCUUGUGGGCUGGGGUUGUAUAUUAUUCUUUCAAGUGUGUAUAAAUAUUGUGCCACCUCUUUCUACUUCAUUUUGUACUUGUUUCCUUCUAUAGAUGUAUAUAUAUACUUAAUGAAAAUUGAGGUUCGGAGUAUGACAAAUUUCCUCUUCUCCCUUUUCCUUAUUGCCUUUUUAGGCAAUAGCUAAUAGAGUAGUUUGUUUUGUUUUGGGGUGUGAGAGAGAAUGGAGUAGGUACUUAAUGUAUAUAAAUAUACUUGCUACUACAUUGUAUUACUAAUUUAAUUCACACUGUGUCCUUCUCGUGGACGUGAAAGUACCAGUGAAAUGUGGUGAUCUUGAUGUAUAACAGUUUCCCAUUUUCCCAUCCCUGUUGACCACUGGGCAGUAGCUAACAGAGUAGUUGUCAAAUGGGGUAUUUGAGGUGAAGGGGAGGGAUGGGGAAGGUAGGAAAAUGCACUUACGUUUUUACUACUCAUUCUAUUAAUUCAUCGGGUGCCCAGACUGAAAGGUACAUAAUGAACCACGGGAUUCCAGAUGUAUAACAAUCUCUCUUUCCCUUUCCCUUAUUGCCCAUGUGGGCAGUACUUAGAGUAGUUUGGGUUUAUUGAAGAUAUUUUGCUAGGAGAGAGAAAGUGGUUUCAGAGUAAAAGCAUAUACUUUUAAAAUGUAUAUAAAUGUUUUUGCUACUUUUAUGUCACUACCUUUCUUACCUUGUCCUUUCCAUGGAUAUAUGAGGAAAAUUGAGGUUCAGCCUGCAACAACUCUCCUCUUCUCCCCUUCCCUUAGAUUGCCUGUGUGGGCAGUGUCUAAGAGAAUAGUUGAUUAGCUUCAGGGAUUCUUCUGUGGGUAUUGGGGUAUAUACUUUUGUAUAUGUAUGAACACAUUUUUACUUCUUUAUUAUAGUGUUUCAUUGGGUACCUGGUCCUUCACUUGGACAUGUAGGUUCCUAAUGAGCCAUGGAGUUAUGGAUGUGUAACAGUCUCUUCUCCCUUAACCCUUUUUAUGUAUAUGGGUAAUAAUUUUAAAGUAGCUUGAAUUUUUUGAAGUUUUGAGGGGCGGGAGGGGUCUAAGGGCAGAAUAUAUACGCUUAAAAAAUAUAUAUAUGCUUUUUAUUACUACAUUGUAUUAGUUCAUGCUGUAUCAAGUCCAUUGCUUGGACUUACAGGUACCUAAUUAAACGUGGAGGUCCGGAUGUAUGAAAAUCUCCUCUUUUCCCCUUUCCUUAUUGCCUGUGUGGGCAAUAAUUAUAGAGUAGUAUAGAUGGUUUUUCUUUUUCACUCCAUCUCCCUGUCUCCAGGAGAGCGGAUGUGUACUUUUAGAAAUGUAUAUAAAUGUUCUCGUUCCUUUUUCCAGUUGCUUCAUUGUGUGCCUAGGCCUUUCCAUGGUUACUUAGGUACGUAAUGAAAGUUGGGGUUCAUUCUAUGAAAAAUCUCCCCUUCUCCCCUUCCCUUAUUGCCUGUCUGGGCAAUGGCUAGUAGAGUAGUUGUUUAAGGGUUUGUGUUUUUUGUUUAUUUUUGGUGGGUGGGAGGUGGGGGAUUUCUGGGUUUGUCUUUGUCUUUUGUUUAAAUGUAUAUAAAAGUUUGCUAGUAUUUGUUGUUGUUGUUCUUUCACUCUCAAGCCAGUUUUUUGUUUGGAGUUGUAGGAAUCAAAUGUAAUGAGGGACCCAGACCCAGGAUUGUGGUAAAUAUUCUUUUCCUUCCUCAGAGCCUGUGUACACAAACAAUAGUAUAUGAGCACUGCAGGGCUUUGGUUUUGGCUUUUUGCUUUUGAGGGUGUUAAUGAGGUAUGGGUUUGUGAGAGGAAAAGGCAAGAUAUAUAAUUUUUUUUAAUGUGUAUAAAUGUUUUGCCACUUUUUGGUGUUAACUUUAUUUUGAAUCUGGUCCUUUGCAUGACCACUUAGGUAGAAAUAAAGUUGAGAUUGACUCUAUGAAAAAUCUCCCAUACUCCCCAUCCCUCAUUGCCUAGUGGGCAAUGGUAGAGUAGAUGUUUGGUUUCUUUUGGGGGGGUGUCUGGGGUGUGUGUUUUUAUGUGUGUAUACACACACACACACAAGAACACACAUACUUACGUGUAUAUACAUUUUAUAUAUUCUCUCUAUAUACACAUAUUUUAAUGUAUAUAAAUAUUUGCUACAUGCUGUGUGUUAUAUAAUGUGGUCCCUCUGCUGGGACGUGUAUGUACAUAAUGAAACAUGGAGGUCCAGACGUAUGAUAACUCUCCUGUUUCCCUUCCCUUGUUGCCUGCAGGGGCAAUCAUUUCAUAUCUUGGGUUUUUUAUUGUUUAAUUUUUAUUUUUUUGCAGGGAGGGGUUCUUUGGGUGGGUAAUGGUCAGGGGAAAAGGACAGUGUCUAUACUUUUUAAAGAUGUAUAUAAAUGUUUUCAUGUUACUGAUUUUGUACCUAGUCCUUUGCAUGGAUAUAUAGGUACCUAAUGAAAAUUGAGGAUCAGUGUAUGACAAAUCUCCCAUCCUCCCCUUUCCUUAUUGCCUGUGUCAGCAAUAGCAAAUAGAAUAGUCAUGUGUUCUUUACUUACUUGUCUGUUUUGGAGAGAUUUCUUUUUUUGUUAGGGAAAUAUUCUUAAUAAAUAUAAAUAUGUUUUCAUAUCUUUAUUUCGUUUUGUAGUCUUUUGCAUGGCUAUGUAGGGAUGUAAUGAAAGUUGAGUUUCAUAAUAUGACAGCUCACUUCUUCCUUUGCUACAUAUUCCUCACUUAGCAGUAGUUAGUAUGGUUGUUUUGUGGUUAUUUUAUUUUAUUCUCUAGGAUCUAGUCCAUUAAGGAUGCAAACAUAUAGAUGAACAUAUAUAAUUUGCUUUUUUUUUACUUCAUUAUUUUCCUUUAACACUUAGUCCUUUGCAGGGGUCUGACUGUACCUAACAAAAAUAAACACCUACUAAAUCCCUGCCAUCUGGCUUGAAGGUGUAGCAGUGUAGUGAUGUAGCUAAUGGCAACAGGUGUGCAGCAGAUAAGAUGGGGAAGACAGUUGGAUAUGGUUGAGCUGUGAAAGCUAAUUAGAUCCAGCAUUUCUUAUGGUGAUUCAGAUUGAAUGAGAUAGUGAAAAAGGACCUGUGCUUUUGUAAAUUCUAGAAAGGCGAGAGGACAGUACUGAAUAAAGGUGUGUUUAAACUUCAUUGCUGAUAUAUCUUUUAGUAACUAGUAAACCGGUGAAGCUGAUAAGCCAAUAAGAGUGCUGUCUAGAAAUCAUUUUUAAACCCUUAAGAGUAGCUUCUUUUUGAAGCCUGGAAUUCUGAUUCAUCUAUAGAAGUUUAUUAUGAUUCCAUCUAUAGUAUAGCUUGCGUACCUAGUAGAAAUUGUUUCUUGGAAUGAACUUUUUGAGUUAUUGACAUGGCUCCAAUGAAUAACAACAUGAGCCCUAAAACUAAUCCAAAAGGAAUUUUCUCUUUCAAACCCCACAUCUGGCAAGACAAGUUGGCCCUGUCCCACCAGAGUUCUUUUGUGUGGCUGCAUCUUUCUCCUCUGUUCUCCAUUGUGUGCUUUCCAUUUUGACUUUUGUGCCUAUACGGUUAGAUGUUUUCUUCACUGGAAUUCACAAAUUGUAUUUUGUGUGCAUAUCAUGUAUCCAGACCUGUAUAUUUGCUUUAAGCAUUCUUUUAUCACCGCGUCUCUUUAUCUACCAUAUGGUAAAUGUUAAAACUCCACAUUUGUCUGCAUCAAAGAAAAUGCAUAUGGACAUUUUCUCCCUCCCUCCUUCUCUACUUUCCUCCCUCCCUUCAAGCCUCUUAAGAGUGUUUGUUUUCUCAUUUAUGAUUCCAUGCUGAAGAUUUGCCAUAUUACUAUUUUGGUAACAUUGAGUGAUAGAACUCCCAGAAAAUUUGCAAAGCAGUGUUAUAUACUGUAUAUUAAACUCAGGUUCUAGUGUUGAACAAUUAGCCUAUAUACUUUGCUAUUACUUAUACCUGCUGCCGUAGGAAAAAAAAAAUGUUUAUUCAUGACACAUUUAAAUUUGAUCAUAAAUGAAAGAAAAAGGGGCACCUUUUUGGAGUUAGUCAUGGUAGUCAUUAGUGAUAUUUCUGAACAGUUCUUAAUUUAAAAUACUUCAGAGGAAGUAAAGGUCAUGGCUUAGCUGGAGGAAAUGCUCCAGAAGUUUCAACUGUAUAAACCAUCAGUACAAUAAUACUCUGUGUAUGUAUGUGUAUAUAAAAUGAGAAUUACAGCGUAAUUGGAGCAUUUGCAUCGAUCAACAAACUCACAUUGAGACAAAACUUAGUCUUACAGCUGUCGUGAUUAAAGCCAAGUGUUCUAUGUUGCUGUGAAGAAUAGUCUCUUUCAAAUACUUUGGAAAGUAGUUACUUGGAAACUUGUAAAGGUAUUACACUUUUAUAUUUAAACCCCUAUAGAGAUCUUCAAUUCCUUGAGUCUGAGCUUGUAGGUGGACUUCUAAAUUUGUAUUAUAAUCUGUCUUUUGUGAGAUUUUGAAAAUACAUAUAUACAAUAUUGUAUAUGCAAAUUGUGUUGUUUUACUUGUAAAGGGAAAAGGCUUAUUUUUCUUUAUAUUUCUGAUAACUUGUUUUGCAUAUGACCAGCACUGACUGAAAGGCAUGUUUAACUGCAAACACUGUUGCUUUUUUGUGAAAUGAAAAUAAAGUAUUUAAAUACAAA